AUGGGGAUAUGGGCUUUUGUGCUUGUGGUCAUUCAUAAUCCGAGCAAGGAAUUUUGUAGGCUUCUACCCGUUCGGAAGGAGCUCCACAGCGCUACAAAAGGCUCGACCACAUCCGGGGAGACUGACCUCAUAUGGCAGAGGUUCCCACCUCACAUGUCUUGGGAGCGUUUGGCUUGGACUAUUGAUCUGUUCAUCAAUCUCAGGGGAAUAGGCUGGAACUAUCGUUGGGGGAGUUACCGCGUUCCCAGCGAUGUCGAAGAGCCGCCAAUGAGCACGAGCAAAGAACGACUUUCAAGUCGCUCUUAUCCACCUAGUCUCGCGAACUUAAUUAUGCGCUUUAUUGGACAAGUCGGUUGGGUUAUCUUUUGUCAGCUCAACAUAUUCCCUUUCAUCAAGUCUCAGUUGACGGGUAAUACUGGCAGCAAUUAUAACUUUGCUGUUGGCUUGCUCUCCCUUCUGGUAUCCUUGAUUACUAUUGUCGUCAACAUCGAUCUACUCAACACGAAAUCUACAUUGAUCGUAACAGCGUUUGAUACAUCGCGCUUUCUUGGGCUAUAUGCCUUUCCAUGGGCUCAUCCCAGCCCCUGGGGCUCGCUGAAUGCAGUAGCUAGGAAGGGAAUACUCGGUAACUAUCCCAGACCAACACAAAUAUCGUCGUAA